AUGCGGCAUUUUCCCAGGUGGACGCCUUUCAGCGAGGCCUUUGUGAGGAACCUCGUGAAUGGAAUGCCCUGGGCGCCCACCAGGAGGUGGUCCGCCUGCUGCUCAAGGAGUGGCGGAAAGCUCAGCCCGGCGGGCCGAGACGCGGAGCGCUCGCAGCACGAAAUGUUCGGCAGGCUUGUGACCAGCACGUUGGAUUGCGUCGCGGGAGAUGCCUCAACACGGCCCCUCCUUGACAAGUCCGGCCCCUUGGCGCUCACCUGGGGGCGAGCCCGAAGGCUGGAUGCCCAGCACAGCGCUGCCUGCCCAGGCCGACGCCUCUGGAAGGGUCCCGUGCAAUUCCAUGAGGCCGCCUCCGCCGGAAGCUGGGGGGGACCCAUGCAACUCGAAGAGGCCCGCCGCUUGUGCGCGACUGCGCCUUGCUCGGAGGGCUGCCGCUCUGGCGAUCUGCAAACGCACACCCGAAGCCGAGCGAGAUGCAGGCAGCUUCCCUCCGGAUUGCUCAGCCCAGCCAUGCUCUCUCACAAUGUUGCAGUCUUCGCGGCGUCGGCGCUCAGCUUGCGCCUGCGCUGGACACAGGUCUGGCCUUCGUUGCCACACUGGUGGUCCAGGUUUGCACCGACGGCGGCCAGCUCCUGGGUCUCCUUGAUGCCUUCGGCGUCGGCGUAA